GAGCGUUCGAAUUGCUGGGGCUCGGGGAGGGACUGCGGGCGGGGACAGAGCCCGCGCCGCGGCGAGCGCUGAAAUGCGAUGGACCCGCGAGGGGGAGGUCCAGACUCGCGCCGAGCUCCGCCGGAGCCGAAGGCAGGACGGGGCUCCCGGGGAAGCUCUAUGCCGGCACUUGACUCGCCGCCUCCCAGCCGCCGGAGGAGCCUGAAAGCCCGGGCCGGAGGCCUCCUGGAGCCGCCCCUCUGACUCCGCGGAAGCCGCCCCUCGGAACAUGCCCGGAGCCCCCGGGACUCGACGGCUCCACUGAGCGAGCUCCUCUCCCGAGUGGAUCUAAUGACGCCGCCAAGGCACUUGCUGGCCUGAGGAGCGCCGGGAGGACGUGGGUCAGGGGACGAGGCGGAGGCCCCGUCGGAAGAAAUUGGCAAGGGGGAGGUAGGUAGUAGAGUGGCAGCUCCGGAAUGGUCGCCCUGCUUGGGAACGGGGCACCUGCGGGUGGGAAGUGAGGGAUCUGGGCAGGAAGGGGCUUUAGCGGGGCAGAACAGGGAAAGGACCCGAUUCUAAGCUCCGCAGGGAACCCCAGCCCGGAGAAUUGCCCUCGGAACCGUCCAGGAACGGGCUUCCCCAACAACCAGAACCUUCUUGCCCUUAGUAAUGUGACUGUUAGGAUCAUUUGCGCGUUUUACCUGGGAGUAAGGCUCGCUGAGCGCAGGGAGACUUCCUUCCGAGUAAGCGCGCGUGUAGAGCUCGGGCUGGCCGCAGAGGGCUUUGUCAGCCAGCUCGGUCUCUCGCCGAGGAGGAGCGAGCAACUCCUCGCCUUUACUUUCGGUUUGAAUCCCGGCGGCUCACACCAGAACAGGGGCAGACCUGUCUUUCGGUGCACAGAGCUGGCUGUGUUCUGCGCGCUCCAUAACGCUCCGGGCAAGUGGAAGGGCCUCCAGACCCCCCCUUAGAAAGUUCGCACUCCAAAGGCUUCCAGGAAAGCCAGGUGAAGUCGCAUUGCUCGUUCAACAAAUCUUGGGCGAAAGAUUUCCUUUCCUCCUCUUGAUUUGUUCGAGAUAGCCCUUGGGAACGCCGGAGCGGGACGGAGGUCUUGGUUUUGGCGAGGGUAAACAAAUACAAAUCUGUGGGAUCUGGCAGAGAUAGUUUCCCCUAACUUCAGCCGGCGUUUGCCUACCUGAUAGCUGAGACCCUCGGCGGGCUCUUAGCCUUCUCCCACCAAGAGCGGUUAUUUAUUUCCCUCUGACAUCCAAGCAAAAACUCCUUUCAAGUCCUUAGCCGUCGGAAGCCCUUGAAAAAGCAAGGGAGAGCCAGCCAAAGAUCACGCCGGGAAGACUCUUGUUUCUGCAGACACUGGCCUUAAUUAAAUUAAGGAUUCGGAGUGGAAAGGGAAGUGACAGUGUGUCUAAAUAACAUCCGUGUUUGAUUCGCACCCUGACUACCAGUGGGCUCUCAAAGGAAAACACUGCACUUUCUGGCCUAAUUUCUCCCCCCAUCCCACCCCCACACUUUCUCAUUGUCAAGUUUGGCACCUAAACGUAUUUACUUUGUACUGCGCUGCUUGCUUUCCAUGGAAGGAAGGUUGUGAAUAUAGGACUGCAGCCUGCAAGAUGGCUCAGAGGGCAGUAAAGUCUAUAUCUAACGUUGUUCGGGGUGCAGUCCUACGCCUUGUUUUCAUUCGAUUCUGUGAAAUACUGCCUUAUGCAGGGUCAAAUAAUUACAUCAGUAUGGAUACAGCAGGUAGAGAAAUUCUGAUAUGUCUUAUUUUAAAAAGACACCACCUUUGGGUUGUGCUGAAGCAAAAACAAGAUCGGUGUGAAUAUUACACAACUUAAACACGUGGUUUUGAAAGUAAACUUUAGCAUUUUUUUAAAAACUUAUAGGCUGUAAUGGAUAUCCCAUUGAAUCAAAGAGCAAAAGUGUGCAAAAUCUUGUCGUAGAGAGGCGAUCCCAUGUAAAUGAGCAAGUUCUCCUAAAACCUGCGCCACUAUUUCCCACGUAAAUUUAUAAAAUGUACGCCUAAAGAUCAAAGUUGUAUGAACUCUUACUAGGGAAUGAAGUUGCAGUGGUUUAACUAGUAUCAAGCCCCAUUGAAUUCAACAGAACUCAUUUCUGAGUAGCAAUGGUUAGGAUUGUGCUGAAAUAAAUGGAACCUACUUCCAAAUAAACAUUAAUCGAAUUGUCUUUUUUUCUUGCAAUGGGAAACUCUGAAUAUAUUUGCUUUUUUUAAUAAAAAACUAAAAUUAUAUUCGAAAAGUGACGUAUUUUUUCAUCAUAUGCCUUUAAUCAGAAACGAAAAUGUCGGUGUUAAACAAAAAACCCUCAACUUUGUUGAGAACAAUUAAUAUAAAAUAAACCAUAACUGGAUUUUUAUGUGAGCGGCCUAAUCCCCGAGUCCUGGCCCUCGGUCUUAAAACAGGUUAACAUUAAAAGUAACUCUCGCUUGAUUCAUUGGGAUUGUUUCACUUAAUGUGUGUUAAGCAGCACAGCAGCAGGAAGUAAACUCUAAUUAGAUCAGUAGCACUUAAGUUUCUGAUGGAUUUGUUUUUAGGAUCUGUGAGGGAAUCAUUUAAACCGACUCAAAUUUUCAAGCCGCUUUGGAAGGAAAAUGCCAAAACGAAAUUGGAGUCUCUAUCCUUAGCACAUUUGCUUGGAAACAAGGACCAUCGAAAUCCGCAGGACUUCUAGAAAAUGUGUGCGGUGAAAGUGUUUGGGGGCAAAUUGCGUCGUGGGCGUGUAAAAGCUGCACAUCUGAAAUAUAAAUACCUAGGCAUAAUACUAGUACUUUGGUGCUAUGCAUUACAGCUAUUUUAAUACAGAACAGAAAGAGUUUUUUUUAAAUUAAAAAAUCACGUGCUUUCUGGGUGUCUCCCCCCCCCCUUUUUAAUCUCCGAGAAAACAUCUUUUUUUUGUCAAGCGUACAUUUCAAUUUUUUGUGUCAAGGUCCUGCAGCAUGAUGUUUUAUCUAAAUCAAGCAGUCCAGCCCAGAUGGAGAGGGGAUCCCCUCCCCCCCCUCGUUAGGAAAGGACCCCCUUGAGUAAGUCUGGAAGCCCCUUGACCCUGGCACGAUGGGAACUCCAGCAGGAAAAAGUAAACGAACCUCUUUCCUUUUCGCUUCCCAUCUCUGCGUGGCGAUGUCUCUUAUCAGGAUAGCCAGCCCUUGUGCGGUCGCGUUGCAGUGUCGAGGGGGUGGUGGUGUGGGCGCCAUGAUUGUGCAUUUAUUUAUUUAUUUGCAAAAGGGAAAGUGAUGAGUGGUGGGAAAGUCGUCGGGGGGGAACGGGAGUUAAUAGUUUCGGUUGAACGGGCUGAGUGAAACCCUCUGACUGUCACACACCUCUCAUUAACUCCCUUCCCUGCGCACUCGGAUCGCAUACCAGAGGCAAGGAAGAGGCUGCGUGUUUUGUUUGGGGUUUUUUUUUUUGCUACCCCUUUUUAGCGCUGCAUUAAUUUAGAAAUGGUCCGUCCCCUCCUCCAACCCCCAGAAGCAAAGCUCUGCUCGGCCUGGGCGCGAGCGGGAAACCGGGCGAAGGCAACCAGGGCACUUCGGCCCCUUUCGCCCAUCAGAUGUUGAUGCAAGAGAGGAAAAUAAUGCACGAUCAAGUGCGCUUUACGUUGGCACACGAAUAAGACCCUGAUGGUCUCUCCUCCUCCUUCCUUCUUUGCAAACUGGCGGUGCAGAGGCCUACAGCUGCCAUUGGAGAAACCAAUGAAGCCUUUUGCACCCAGGAGCGCUUCUAUCCAAAUUGGUUACCCCUGCAGACUCAUAACCCAGCUUCACGAUCCUCUAUUUUUUUAAAUACAAAAACAAAAGACGAUGCCUUUAAAGAAGGGGGGGGGUCAGAUUAUUUCCACUUCCCGCCCCGGGUUUGUUAAUGGGUCGCAAGGCUCAAUUCGGGGAUAGAGAACCGGUAGCUUUUUUCCGACCAGGCAUUUGAAAUAAAGCUCAGUUAAGCUCCUGUGACCAUCUUCCAACCGGAUUAUUAUUGUGUUUUUUUAGAGAAAAGUAUCUGGGGAUGCCUAGAAAGGAGCAUCUGAAGGCUUUGUUUCUUUUCUUUCGAAAAUUGCCUUGUGAGAGCGAGCGGGACUAACAGAUGUGGCCGAGCCCAGCCCGUCCCAGAAGCCCGUUUAAAUGCUUAACUCCCAAUUGGAUUUUAGGGCCGCUUUUAUUUUUCUCGAAGUAUCACAUUUCCCACACUCCUUUCGGGAGGCUGCAGGGACGUUCCAAAUGCAAUAAGAAAGCGGAGCAAGGAAGAGCCGCCAAGAUCCUGGGGCAGGAAUGGCCGCGAAACUGCAGUGCUGGAUGAGAGAAGGGCGGGGGGCGAAAGAGUAAGCCUCGCCCGCCUCCUCGAGCGAGCAGGGCAGUGCUUGCCAAUGCUGCUUCUGCGGGGCUACAGCACCCCCCAAAAAUAACCUCGACCCCAGAUUAAGGUCCGGCUGCCUGCUGGAAGCCUGGGAGCUGAAUCCCAUGUGGGAGAUCCUCGGGGCAGCGCCCUGGUGCGCUUGCCUGUCGCAGAAAACCAUCCCCGAGCGAGGUGGCUCUUCCUAAGGACUCCCAAUGGAGGGGGCGGGUGUUUCUCCUUGCAAAGAAGCGCCCAGCUGGGCUACUACUCUCCUUUCCCUGAAGGCCGUCUGGGAGAGACCCUGGGGGUGUCCCUCUUGGGUGGCGCCUUGGCCAGCUGAAAGGGAUCUGCGAGAGAGGAGGAGGGAGAGGGGGUAUUCCGAGCCUGGAGCGCUUGGCGUCGAGGGGCGACGGGGGAAGUGUUGCUUUUCUCUCUUUCAAUUAUCUUGAUUAAUGAGUUGUCGCUGAGGGAAGAAAAAUAAGCGCAGCAGCACCGGGGAGGGCCAAGGCGGGCAGCGCGGGCAGCCCCACCGCGGAGAGCCACCAGCCCCUCCUAGCCAAACGCCCCCGCCUUUCCUCGCCUCCCGCGUCGGACCUUUGCUUCCCCGCCCAUGGAGACCCCUCUGCUCCCCUCCCCCUGACUUAACCCCGCCAGGCCAACCUCAGCCGACGACUUCCAAGGCCCGGGAAAAGGCGCUAUACCAGUUCAGGGCCUCGCCAUUGAAACCUCGUGGACACUUCCGACGGAGCCGGUGGAACUGGCUUCCAACGGCGAGGAGGAUCCCAGGCGCUGACCCCCCCCCCCCCAUAUAAUCUGUAGAUGCGACGAAAGAAACACCCCCCAACGUGUGAAGCGCGUUGUAAUUGUUCUGGCCCUUUCAUUCAGCACCGGCCGGCCCUGAUCGGUUGGCGUUUUAUACCCCCUUUGCCCUCCUGAGAUGAUGGGUGUCUCGGGCAAGCGCGCCAAUUCGAGGCCCAGGCUGUGAUCCUGGGUCCACCUGCUUAAAAGCAAGCUCCGCCAAGGCGAGCGAGCCCUCUACCUAUGUUUCCUCGGAAGUCACGUCCAUUCAUUUCAACCGGAUUUCUCUUCCAUGAAAGCAUGGGCCAGGUCAUCGGCCUUACCCGUAGGUGGAGUUGCUUACUUGGGAGCAAGCCCCCUUGUAGUCAAUGAGACCCCUAUUUAUUACAUAAUAGGAUCCUUUGGUGGGAAAUGCACUGGAUCGGGCUGCGCGCGUUUGGAAGUGUUUCAAGAUGGGACAUCGGCUUCUUCAUUCAGUCUUACAACCCAGGCCAGCUUCCCAAAGGAUUGCUGGUUGUAAGUAGCUGUGAUCCAUAAUACAGCCAAAUUCAAAGUAGCAGCCGUCGUACCGGUUGGACCUCGUGUGCCCUUUGCAUGGUGGAAGGAAGUUAAAUCGACCCAACUGAGCCUUACUCUCGUGUAAUGUGUUUGGGAUCGGGCCCCCCUCCGUUUUCACUGGUUAAAUGCGUCGGGAGCCAUGUUAGAUGCACUGUGCUCGCCCUUAUUUCCCUGUGAAGCGAGGGAAUCAGCGAGUAUUUAUCACUUUCCCCUCUCCGCCCCCUCCCCCGCAAGCCCCUGACAUGACUUAUCGCUUCUUCAGACAUCAUGAGCUCUUAAAGAGCCUCCUGCUCCCCACCUAGGCGCAUAAAAAGCCCAUUCGAACAAGCAGGAUCGCAGCCAAACGCCUUUAAAAAAAUCUAUUUGUGAAGCUCGCUCAUGUUGGACGGGAGUCAGUAGCUCGCUUGUAAGGGCGCGCGAACUUCCCUGCUUACACCACCACUGUGUGCGCUAUGGCAAGGACGCAGAAACCGCACACCAAAGCAGCCCCCGCUUCCAAACGGCUCCUGUCCUGAGCCUCCAGCCUUGCAGGACAUCCGCUUCGAGGGUUAAGUGGCCGGCACAUCGCGCUCCUCCUGGGUCCUUUCAAAAAUAUGGACUUUGUAGUCAGUUCUGCCAUCAGUACAGCUCGCAUUCAGAGGGGGCGUUCUGAAGAAGUCGAUGAAAUGCUGGAUCUGGGAUCCCCCCGCCGCCGCCGUUUUCAAAGAUUCUAGUCCUCGUGACCUUGCCCGCAGACGCAGCCCUUGCCAGGGAACGCGGCUUUGAUUUCUUGAUCCAUCUACGAUAUUGGAAAGAAAGAGUCACUCUGCCUAAACGAAUUGCUGAGUGUGUGUUGCAGGGAUCCGUGCGCUUAAUUGCUAUUUGAUAUUUUCAGGUGAUAUUUUAUUUGGGUCGGCCUCUUCCAGGUAAUGCCGUUCGCUCCCAACUUUGCUUGCAUCUCUCAACUUUAUAUAUGAUUCCGCCGGUUUGGGGCCCGCUUCACCAGCGAGAUCAAUUCGGAGUCUGAAUUAUUCGCCGCUCUAACGACAGCCCUCUUAUUCGGGUCCCCUAAUUAUUUAUCCUGGUUGCGCAUUAUUAUUGCUGUGAAGGUUGUUUAAUUCUACUGUACUUCGUCUUAAGGGGACCUGCAACUGUAUUAAAACCAGGCCCCUCUUGUCAAAGCCACGUGUAGACGCUGCCCUUGCAAUAACCUGCCUCUUGUUUUGUUUCUGUCCCCCUCCCUCCCUCUGUCCCUGCUCAGGACCUGCGCCCGUGCGUGCGCCCCGAGGAGCCGCGGGUCGCCUCCGGCCCUCCGCGGCCAGGCCCGGCCGCUGGGACGAUGGGGAGCAAAGCGCUGCCGGCGCCGAUCCCGCUGCACCCGUCUCUGCAGCUGACCAACUACUCCUUCCUCCAGGCCGUCAACACCUUCCCGGCCGCCGUGGACCACCUGCAAGGCCUGUACGGCCUGAGCGCCGUGCACACGAUGCACAUGAACCACUGGACGCUGGGCUGCUACGCCGCGGCCGCCGCCACGGCCGGAGGCGGCGGCCCGGCCGAGAUCAGCCGCUGCUCGGCGCUGAGCGAGAUGGCGGCGGCGCAGGGCCUGGUGGAGCGCUUCCCCUUCCCGGCGCUGCCCUUCGCCACGCACCUCUUCCACCCCAAGCAGGCGGCCGCCAUCGCGCACGUCCUGCCGGCGCUGCGCAAGGAGCGCCCGCGCUUUGACUUCGCCAACCUGGCGGCGGCGGCCACGCAGGAGGACCCGCCCAAGGCGCACCAGGCCGCGGCGGCGCACGGCGAGCUGGCCAAGCUGAGCGGCCCCCUGUCGGCGGCGCUGGGCAAGCUCUCCCCGGACCGGAAGCCGGCGCGCGGCAGGCUGCCUUCCAAGACCAAGAAGGAGUUCAUCUGCAAGUUCUGCGGGCGCCACUUCACCAAGUCCUACAACCUGCUCAUCCACGAGAGGACCCACACGGACGAGCGGCCCUACACCUGCGACAUCUGCCACAAGGCCUUCCGGAGGCAGGACCACCUCCGCGACCACAGGUCAGCUCCGCUGGAGAUGCAAAAGGGGGACUGUUUGGCUAUUGCCCUCGCUCCAGCCUCUUUGGAGAAAAGGGUGCCCACGGGGUUUUGCCAUGCAGGAUCCAGCCACUCCCCAACCCUCCAUUUCCCUUGGAAAUUAAGCCUUAUGAUGGAUGGCCUAGUGGUGGUUCUGAGGUUGAGCCGCAUAGCUGUCAACUUUUCCCUUUCCUUGCGAGGAAUCCUAUGCGGAAUAAGGGAAUUUCCCUUUAAAAAAGGGAAACGUUGACAGCUAUGGGUUGAUGUGCCAACCAGCAAGUUCUGGGCUCCAGUUUUCCCCAAAACCCACUUAGAUAGGCCUAGAGGAGAAAUGACUGUGUUUCUCAGCCUCUUGUCUGCAAUAGGAAGGUGGUUGGUGUUAUUAGUAUGCCGCCCUAACUAACAGUGCAGUUCUCAAUACGUAGGAGGGGCGCCGGUAGGAUUUAUUUCCAAGGGAACAAGGUUGGGACUGGGAGUGUUGGGUUGAUUUGCAUAGAAGCAAGUGACAUUGAUGAGAAGCAAGUCAUCUUCCACUUCAGUGGGCCCAACUGAGGGUGAGGGGUGGCUUCAGGGUGGUUGGCUUUCAUGACACUUCUUUCCAGGGUUCUGCAUCUGAUCCGUACCUCCCGAUGGGCUUUCCAAUAUUUUCCCUUUUGCUUUCUUUUCUAGUCUGUAGGAUUUGAUAAAGGCUUGGUGAUCCCAGCAAAAAAGCAACAACAAACUACUUUACCUCUGUAGGAAUAGCACUUGAUAGAAGUCCAGUAAGGAAGCUGCAGAAAAAAUUCAGUAGAUUUAUAGCCUAGCAAAUGUGGAUCAAAACUCGAAGGGGGAGGGGCAGAGAGAAGGCAGUAUGUUCCUUGAAAUGAAUAUUUCCUAACACUAAUGGGAUGUUUGUUCUUUUCUGUCCCAUACAUGCCAGAGAAACAACAUUUACAAUGUGUUUGUAACAAUGUACAAAUGGCCCUUUUCCUCUGUUUCUUGCUCUGAGAAGCUCAAGGGCUUUCUGCCUUUUCUCAUCCCAUCAAACGAUAAUGAACUGUGGGCCAGAUCCUGUGGGGCUCUAUAAACUUAGUAAGGCAAAGUUCCAGCUGACCUCAGCUGGAACAAGUGGGACCACAGCCUUUACAUGUUCACAUGAAAGCAAGUCCCAGUGCACGCAUGUGAAAGAUUGCAUACUUACAUAGGACUUUUGUGCAUUGCUACUCAGAAGUAAGUUCCACUGUUCUCAGUAGAACAUACACUGUAGUAAGUGUGUUUAGGAUUGUCUCCUUAAGUUGUUAGCAGGAAAGGGCAAUGAAGCCCUUUGGAGAAACUACUGUCAAGUGGCUGUGGAAAAAAACCUAUGAAAAGAAAAUUGGAAAAGUAGAUUUCAGUGUUGAGUUAGGCUUAGGCUGCAACCGUGUACCCUUACCUGGAAGCAAGCUUCAUUGACCUCAGUGAGACUUCUGAGUCAACAUUUAUAGCAUUGUCCCAUUAGUAUAAUUUCCCUCCAGAUAUUGAGCUACAUAGAGACUACUGUUAACUGUUAUGGCUCUUUCUGUGUCUACACAUACUAAUUCCAAAUGCCUGUAUUGGCUUUUAGGUAUAUCCAUUCCAAAGAAAAACCGUUCAAAUGUCAGGAAUGUGGGAAAGGAUUUUGCCAGUCCAGGACUCUAGCAGUUCAUAAAACUUUACACAUGCAGGUAAGGUUAGAUCCAUAUUGCUUUAGACAGUUUAUUUUUAUCUUAAUUCUGUUUCAACUCUUUAUACAUAGCAAUAUUCAUAAUGAGUAAGUAAAGACAUGUAACUGUACCAGAGGAGUGGUGUUGAUGGUUAUUUAAAUUAGAUAAUUUAUCCACUACUGACCUCCACUUCGCUUCAUUGUGCAGAAAACAUGACACAGUCUGAACUUUUAUUUCAGUUGUUCAGAGUCAUUUAAUUCAUUUUUGGGGGGUGUAAAUUGUCUUGACUCAUUCUUUAUGGUAAAGAAAAAAAGCACACUGGGAUCUUAGAAGGAUUAAAGAAGCCUGCAGAAGUUGUUUAUGGUUGUGAUCCAAUGCACAAUUACUUGAGAGUAAGUCACAUUGAAUUUAACAGGAUUUUAUUCUGAGUAAACGUGUGUUGGCUUGAACAUCAUUUCAUUUAAGACUUGCAUAUUCCAUAGCUGGAAAAGAUUCAUUGGGAAGUCUGACACUUCUGAAGCAGAUGAAAUGUAUGCUCUGUUUUUAACAGCUCAGAUUAAAAAAGACUUGCUUUGUGGAAAGCUUUUCACUGAUAGAGAUGAUGCAAGUAUCCCUGGGAAGCUGGGUGGAUUAGCAAGAAGCAUUUUUCAGUAGAUCCUAGAGAUGGGGAAAUGUGAUGAAGUGAGGAUUGUCCUUGACAGGCAAGAAGAUAUAUCCGCGCUGUUAAGGCUGUAAUCUUAAGCACAUUUACUGGGGAGUUAGUUCCAGUGAGCUCAGCUGGACUGACUUCCGACUAAAUGUCUAUAAGGAUCAGGCUGCAAAGAAUUGUGAUCUUGUACCUACAGCAGAUACAUGAGCUACCCCUGCCCCCCCCAAUGCAUUUACUGGGAAGUAAACUGUUAAUAAGUUCAGUAGAACUUGUCUUCAAGUAGGGCUGAACUCCUAAGCAUACUUGUUUCCUCCCUCUUUGUUUAUUUUUAUCUUCAUAACAACCUUGUGCAGUAGGUUAGCUAGAGAUAUAGGGGAUUGGCAGAAGUUCACCUGGUGAGCUUUCUGGCUGAAGAAGAAUACGAAUCCACAUCUCCCUGGUCCAAUCCAAGCUUAUAUGUACUAUCCCUGACAAGCUCUCUAUUUUAUUUUUAGGGACUUACUUCCAGUUAAAUGUGCUUAUAACUGGGCAGCAAGCAUGCUAGGAUCCUCACCUUACUUUCAAGACUCUAAUCAUCAUCAAACUUACGGAUAUUUACUUUGGAGUAAAUCCCACUGAAUGCCAUAGGAUUUACCUCUAAGUAAACACACAUAGGAUCAGGCUACAAAUGCACAUACAGCCUAAUCCUGUUUUGGGUUUAUUUGUUGUUGUUUUUUAAAAUAACUAAGAAGUAAACAUUGUUUUCCGUGGUGUUUACUGCCCAUUUAAAUGUGCCUAGAAUUGCAGCCUUAUGUGGAAACCACUUCCAUGGCAUUUAGGCCUGAGAAGGGGCACUUAGGAUUUGUGAAGAUUUAUUUCCCACUAUGGCAUUGGUGUUUUGAAGGGUAACAAAACUGGGGAGGGUGUGUGCAUAUAACGAGAGAAGUUUUGAGAAACUCAGUAAACCAGGUAGUUUGUAAAGGGUUUAAUCCUUUGCUUGCUUCAAAUCUGAACAGGAAUCUCCACACAAAUGCCCCACAUGUGGAAGAACCUUUAAUCAAAGAAGUAACCUGAAAACUCACCUUCUCACCCAUACAGACAUCAAGCCCUACAACUGUGAGCAGUGCGGCAAAGUGUUCAGGCGAAACUGUGAUCUGCGGAGGCACAGUCUAACUCACACCCCGCGGCAGGACUUCUAGAACCCUCCACAGGGAGCUAACUCUGGCUCAAAGGACUUGAACUGUAGAGAAAUCUUUAAGCCCAUGCACAUGUGGACAGAUGUAUGCAGGGCCCCAUCCUCUCUCCCUUGGCUCCUGCCAAAAGCAGCUGGGGUGGGCAGCACAGGGGAAGUGACAGCAGCCCCAAGCUGCUUUCCUCGGCCCAAGAGCACCUCUUGUAGAUAAUAACAUCGCAGCUCAUUUUAGAGCUCUGUACAGAAACUGUGGCGUCAUGUGUGUUUGUGUACUUCCUUUUUUUUUUUUGUCUUACCAAAUGCACAUUGGUAACAAGGACAACGAGAGUGAAAAAAUAUUUUUAAAAAGUGUAUUGCAAAGUAAACCAGUUUCCCCCCCAACUCUCACGUUUGAUAAUUAAUGAUUCCACGGACAGUGUGGUUAUUCAGUCCUUCUUUCCGUGUCAGUUACAAAGAAGGAGAGUACAGUAACUGAAAGGUAAAUGGCGUUUCUACUUAAGCUGGGUUGUUGGUUUCUUUUUUUUGUAAGAACGGUUUUGAUUUCUAAAUAUCGUCUGUACGUUUGUAAAAGGGAUUUACAUUUUCAAGUGUUUUAAUGGUGCAAUCCUUUGCAUGUUUAUUCAGAAGUGAACUAUUAUUAAGAACAGUUAGACCUCAAGAUCAGUUUAAUAGUACACCUCAAGACAUGACUCCUCUUGAGUAAGCUCACGUGUUAUAUAGGAUUUACUUUUAGGUAAUGGAUUUAAAGGUGCAUAUUGGGCACUAAGCCUUAUUGAGCAAAUAUACAGGGGAAAAUGCUGCAGAACUGCCGUUUCUUUACUUGAGAAGACAUUUUACAAGCAUGCAUACGCACAGAACAUUUAAAGUACACCCCAAAGAGUUCUGGGGACUGUAGCUUUUAAGGGUGCUGGACUUUGUAGCCCUGUGAAGGGCUAAACUACAGUUCCCAUGAGUCUUAUUUGGGGGGGGGCGUAAAAUGUAUGGUAUGAAUGGCACGCAUAGGGCCAGGCUGCAUUAAAUCUGUCAUGCAAAAAGCAAGCAAGCCGGGUAUCUUUCCUUAAAACAUUAGCACGUUUACCUAUAUAUUUCCUCUCCUACGAUUCCCCAUGCAAAGCUUUGAAAGAAAGAGAAACGGCAGGACGGGUGGUGGGCUGGCUGGGAAAGGCUUCAGAAUCCUAAACCCUGAAGUUAUUUAUUAGUAACUUAUUGGCAAUCGAGCCUCAGAAGCAAUAAUCAGCUCUUCUCUACAGAUUGCCUGAGAUAGCGCCCCUGCUUAGACUUUGAACGCGGGCGGCGAUUUGCCCGGUUUGAGACAGGGACUUUACACCGCCCAAGACGAGGCUGCGGGCCUGGCAGCUCCCUCGAAAACAAAUACAGCGCGGUGGGGUGGGGAGAAAGGACCCUGCCCCCUCCAACCCUCCCGGCAGCCGAGCGGGGCUCCGCGGGGCCGCAUCCGACAAGGCUGCCCAGGGGGAGCGCGCGGGAGCCGCACGAUCGCCGAGGCGCAGCAGCGGUGCUCACGCAGAGCGCACGGGGCUGCCGUGGGGAAGGGGAGCCCAUUUCCAAAAACGAGGAUCGGGGCGGAGGGAAUCGGCGAUCACGAAGCGGAGGAAGGGAUGCAAAGCGAGCACAGCGGCAGCUGCCGAGGGAAGCCAAGCUGACAGCUCCGGGCAAACGCCUCUAGGCGGAAGGCUGCCAAGACGCGCUCUGGCCGGCUUCCCGCGCUGGGAAACACGCGGCGGGGGUGGAGAGCGAGCUCGAGGGAGCCUCGGCUCUGCCCGGGAAAGGCGGAGAGGUGGAGGGUUUGGUUGCUAUUGGGUAGAACUGGGUUGUUAUCGAAGGUGAGUUUUCUGAGGUGGGUCCUUCUAUAUCUUAAGAAUAGAUUCGGUUGCACUGCAUACCAUUUCCCCCUAAAACAUGUGCUGCGGUUACUUGUUUCAGCAACUAUAGUAUAGCAAAGUUAUCAAUGCAGGCCUAGACAUGGGCGCAGCCAGGAUUUUUGUAAGGGGGAGCAGUCCUUUUGUUAGAGGGGGAGAGCCUCAGUUAGCUAUUUAUUUUUUAAUAUAUAUAUUGGGGGGGCAGCUGCUCCUCCCUGCCUCCCCCCCUUUGGUUACACUUAUGGGCCUGGAAGCCCCCUGUGGAAGGGAGGGGUAACCAAAACAGCUGUGUGCCAAAUUUAAUGGCCUCACAGCCUGGAUGUCCCCAAAUGACCGCCCAGAGAGCGACCAAUGUUGGGGGCAGAAGCAUCCAGGCCCCACAUAAGUACCUGGACUGGCAUCUGGGCACAUGGGAUCCAGCAGAGCCUACGCUGAUUGGCGCAGCAUCUUUUUUCUAAAAAAUAAAUAAAUCCCACAUUUUAUAGUUCGGUGGGGUUGAUGGCCAUGUCUCACUCUGACCAGGCACAUACAUGCUAAUGGAUGCCUAUUUUAUAAUUUUUAUUUUAAAUCCGCACUAUCAUUUUCUACAAAGUGGUUAUUACUCCCAAGUGAAUGUGCUUUUUACCAGAUGCAGAGGCAAACCCCAUUAUGUUCAGGAUGGUGCUAUGAUUUAAGCGAGUUUAAAAUGAGAAACUCCAUGUGUUCAGAGUAUUCCUCCCCCCAUCACGGUUGGCAAACUUUUUUAUUUGCUCUAAUGUAUCAGGAAUGCAGAAGCAGCUGUAAAACAUGAAGUGAUGGAGGAAGUAGAGUAAUGUUAAUUUUGUGCUUCACAACCAAAACAAUACACGUAAAGGAGGGAAAGGUUGUAAGACCACUGAGUCUGGGGACUAAAAUUUCUGAGCUGUAUGGGAGGGUGGGGGAAGGCCAAGGGGAUUUGGGCCUUUGACAUGCAUAUGUAAACUCAUCUGACAUAUGUAUAACCAUAUAGGUCUACUCUACGCAUUCUGAAGUGGUAGCAAGAUGGGAUUGCUACCUAUAUAUAUGAAGCUGCCUCAUAUUGAGUCAUACUGAAUUGUCUACACUGAAAAUUGAAACUGGAGUUUUUUCCAAUCCCACCUGGACAUGCUGGCUAAAAAACCAGGGACCUUCUGCACACAAAUUAUGCAUUCUCCCACUGAGCCAAUGCUUAUCUGUUUUCUUCCUUAAAAAAAAAAUUCUCUGAAACUCGAAAUCUCGCACAACAAAGAAGCAGGAUAGAAUACAUGUCUCCCUAGUCUGAUAUGUUUUUGCUUUCAGAUUUUUAGUGUGUGGUGGUGGUCAUGUAAAGUAUGGGAGCAUAUAAAAAAUGGCACACACACAACUGCAGUCUCAAAAAGUGGUAACAGUGUUCUGCCACCUCAUUCUGCUGCAGGUGUAGACCAGGGCCCAGUGUGAAGAACCAUUAAGUUGUCUCAAAAUCUAGGUGCUUCUGUGAAACAAUGCCAUGAGAUCUGAAAGACAUCUGUGUGUGACAUUGCUGCAAAUCGGUGAGGACAAGAUGUGGUUACUCAGUAAUGAGGGGGCAGGCUAUUCACGUGCUCAGAAUACUGUAUUAUGACUUCACAUGCUCCAAAGCUGAGCCAUAGUGUGGAAAAAGAAAGGCUGUCUUGGAGCCCUGUCUCAGAUUAAGUAUAAUAGUCACAGGGUCAGUAAAAUAUUACAAGCCAAUGUUUCCAAAGUCAGCUUUGGCGUGACAAACUCAGAAGCUCAUAUACUAGCUGCAUAACUGACACUGCUUUCUCCCUGUAAGUGCAUUAUUUUACAGAGUGACCCUGCAAACACUACCACUGUUGCCAGUGAAGAUGUUUGCCAUAUCUCCAUAUUAUAGAUUUAACCCAAACGUGUGAAGCAUUUUACAUUUACACUUUAAAAACUUAAGCAGGAACCCCAAGGCAACUCUUUCCCUCCACACCCAACAUUUCAAACCACACUUACUUAUUUCUUAGGUACUAUAUAUAAGACAUUAAAGGUAAGCACAACAAUAUCACUUAAAAUGCAAUAUGUUGGGACUGUUUAAUCCUGGAUAUAGUCAGCCUUUGAACGCUGGCCAUUGAAAUCUCUUCUUCGCCCAUCAAAACAUCAAAGAAUAUCGUUGCAUCCAAACUAAGCUGCUCUGUAGUUCCACUGAAAUCAACAGAAUAAAGACUCUGUGACAGCUAAAUUGUCAGAAAGCGUGAUGAACAAUCUGGAUCCAACAGAUUUCUCCUCCUUCACUAAUCUAGUUCUCUCCCUCUCUGUAGAUACUGAUUCCUAUGUUCAGCCUGCAUUUGAGGAGUUAAUAAAUAUAAUGGUAUAAAAGAGAA